AGUUUACCCUCUGGAAGAGAAACAUUGAAACCAUCCAGGCAAUCCACCAACUAUCGCUGCUGCUUGAUGUUAAAUCCAGUGAGUUUUCGUACGCUGGCAUGAAGGAUAAACGAGCAAUAACAUUGCAAAGAGUUGCUGUAUCUGGAGUUAGUAAAGAUAAAUUGCUUGAAGUAUCCCACGUCCUGCCCGACCACUUACGCAUAUCUCACGUCAUCGUGACGUCAUUACGUCUGAUCACAGGGAAUCUGGUUGGUAAUCGAUUCGACAUCAAAUUAAGAAAUGUACAUGGCGGAAAAACAACUUCAUCAUCAGAAACAAACGAAAAACCAUCCAAAGAAGAUUUUAUUUCAACAAUCUCGAAGUCGUGCGACUUUUUGAAGACCAAGGGAUUUAUAAAUUACUUCGGUCCACAACGAUUCGGGCGUCGCAUUGAUACAAAGGAACCAGGCAGCAUUCCUCAAUGGGAAGCACCGUCUGUUGGACUUGCAAUGUUAAAACAGAAUAUGAAACGAGCUGUUGAGAUUCUCCUUCUGCCUGCAGUUGAAGCCGGCAAACCGAUCGAUGAUGAACAGAAAGGGAAAUUGUUAUUUCAACAAACCUGGAAUGUUGAAGAGGCGCUCAAACUGAUGCCGCGUCACCGGUUUCGCGAAAUUGGAAUUUUACAAAGUUUGAAAAGAAACUUAGCGGGAAAAUCAUUAUCAAAUAUGGGGAACUCCCAACAACCCGGUAGUGUUGGUCUACAACAAACUUCCUCAAGUGAGCAGUUUUGCAGCAAAGCAUUGCUCACAAUACCUUUUAAAGAGAGGACGUUCUACGCCCACUCUUACUCCAGCUAUCUAUGGAACCGGGUCGCCAGUGAGCGGUUACGUCAGCUUGGUUGUGACGUCAUAGAAGGGGAUUUGGUCAUCCAGCGAACGGGGGACAGUGAAAAUAUCGAACGUCACGACUCUGAGGUUCACGUCGUAGUUUCUGAUGACGUCAAAUGCAAUCGCUUUUCCAUCUAUGACGUGGUCCUCCCGUUGCCAGGCAACCGUGUGCAGUAUCCUCCGAACCUGGAUGCCGUAUACGAUCGGAUCUUCAAGGAGGAUCAACUAUUUAUCGGGACGGAACCGAAAGCAAGCAACUAUUUCCGUGUCAACAAAUUAAAGCUUAAUUUAUGCGGAACAUACCGAAGACUCAUCGAGAAACCAAAAAACUUUACCAUAAAUUGGGAAUCCGACGUUUCGUCUCAAGCUGUAACAGGAGAUGAAGGAAUGCGAUGCACCACACUCGCUGACGACGGCGCGACCUUAGGCCUCAAAUUCGACCUCCCUUCGUCUUGCUAUGCGACAUCAAUUCUUCGAGAACUUUCGAAGGAUGGAGUUACAAUGUAAAAUAAACCGACAAAUAUUAUUUUUUCCUCCACCGGUGGAUCGUGUGGUUUAAUACCACCGAAGGCUUAAAUAAUCUUGGAAAACCUAAUUUACGGUUAGCGUAUGCUCGUUAGGAUAUCCGGUAUCGCUGAAAGUAUCAUAACAGGCCAUUAAAUGUGACUACUCCACCCUCACUCCACCACCGAGUGAUAAGCAGGCCCUUAGCUUCACUCGACGUUGUUAGCUGUCAGACAGAGCGAUAUCAGAGACGACUUACACUAAUCACUUUACACAAUGUAACACAUGCUGAUGGCGACGAAAGGCAAACAAAACAACGGAAUAGGCUCGCAAAUUCACAUUGCAUUUAAUUGGCAGUACAUGAUUUCACCAUUAUUGUAUUUUACUCGCAUCAACCGAUUGUUAAAGAAUUUCAGCAGCAGUUCUGGUUUGACGUCAUUCGACCACGUUUUAUAGUUCGUGGGUUUAAUGAUCGCUGAUGCAUUUAAAUAUUUGCAAAUUCA